UAGAGACCAGAGAAGAAGAAGAAGAAGAAGAAGAAGAAGAAGAAGAGAAGAGAUCGAGAAGAAGAAGAAGAAGAAAAGAUGGUUCGCGGGAUCCUGGAAGUGUUGUUGGUCGAUGCAAAGGGUCUCCACAACACCGAAUUUCUUGCGAAGAUGGAUCCAUACGUGGUGAUUCAAUGCCGGAACUAUGAACGCAAGAGCAAUAUCGCCAAAGAUCAAGGAAGCAACCCUGUGUGGAACGAGAAAAUCAGUUUCCCGGUGCAACUUCCGUGUGUAGAUGAUCAGCUCAAGCUCGUGCUAAGGAUUUUAGACAAGGAUACGUUCUCCAGUGAUGAUUUCGUCGGCGAAACUACGAUACAUUUGAAAGAGUUGAUUACGGAGGGAGAAGAAAAUGGAGUUGCUGAAAUAAAGCCAUGCUCAUACGCUGUCGUUUUAGCAGACAGAACUUACUGUGGUAAAAUUCAAAUCGGUGUGAAGUUUACGCUAAAGGAAGUAUAGGCAGAAAGAGAGAAUGGUUAUGCGGACCAAGAUGAUGAUUUUGGAGGAUGGAAAGAGAGUUGUAGCCUUGUAGGUAGUUUUUGAAGCUGGAAAACAUGUGAAGUAUGGACCUUUGUAGUGUUCAUUCAAGCUCUGUUGUACCUUGGCCUGUUUAUAGAUUGAUUGAAAGCCUAACAGUUGGCACUCGUGCCUCUGUCUGCAAGUUAUGUUUCUCUUUGUAUUGUUGAACGAUUUCAUGUAAUUUAGUUGAAAGU